AUCACUGCUUCAUUGUACGAGCUGCUGCUGAUGCAGAGAUCAUAUCGGAGGGGGCGAAAAAAAAUAUGAAGAUGCUAUGGACCGUGUUUCGCACAAAAUAAGUCUUUACACCUGAUGAUAGCAAAUUGCGAGCCCUUGUGUCUAAUAGGAGAAUGAGGAGAAGGAGGAACUGGAAACCUUGGGAGUGCCUUGGAAAGUUUCUGUGAAGUCUCAAUGAAAGCAUCAGAGAAGCUUAUCUAGUGUUUGACUCAAUGGCUAAGAAAGCGCGUACGAAGGGCGAGAAGCCCGAAGCUCUUAUUUCUGCCUUACAGGCAGCAAAUGAAGAUCUCAGGUCCAAGCUGACUGACAUUCAGAUAGAGCUACACCAAGAAAAAUGCAAGGUGAACAAGCUGGAGCGUGACAAGGUUCAGGAGGUGAAACGAGUGCGGGAGCAGGAGCAGCAUCGCCAAACUGCCAUGUUAACGGAGCAGCGGGCCAAGUGGCACGAGGAAAAGCAAAAGGAGCUGCAGGCCCUCAGGGAAAGCCUGACGCGGCAGCACGAGCAGGAGCUGGCCCGCCACGCCAAGAUCAAGGACCAGGAAAAUCAGAGGCUCAAGGCUGCGCUUAACGCCAUGCGAGAUGGUAGCGGAGAAAAGGUGCGCACGGCACUGACCCUGGAAGCCAAGGAGGAGGCACGUCGCUUCUUCGACCAGGAGAGAGUGAAGCUCCUGCAGGAAAUUGCAGAAUUAAAGACCACAAAGAAGCAGACUGAUGAGGCUCUCAGUAACAUGAUCCAGGCAGACAAAAUGAAGGCUGGAGAUCUGCGGGUUGAACACCAGCAGCAUCAAGAGCAAAUCUCCAAGAUCAAGUGGGACUGUGAGAGGGACAUCCGCAGACUGGUGGAUGAAAUCAAAUCUAAAGACCGCACCAUUUUUGCUCUGGAGAAGGAACUGGAGUCAGCAACGGGAUUCCUACAGAAGUUGCAGCUACAGAAAGAUGCCUUGGAUGAACAACUGUUCCUUGUCAAGGAGGCUGAGUGCGGCCUGGGAAGCCCGAAACGAGAAAUUCCAGGCAGAGCUGGAGAUGGCGCAGAGCACUGUGGAAGCCCUGACCUGCGGAGAAAUCAGAGGCGCAUUGCUGAACUUAAUUCAACCAUACGCAAGCUGGAGGACCGCAAUUCGCUUUUAGUUGAUGAGAGAAAUGAGCUGCUGAAGCGAGUUCGAGAGUCAGAAAAGCAGUGCAAACCCCUGCUGGACAAAAACAAGCUGCUGACUAAGAGGAAUGACGAUUUGACUCAAACAAUCCAGAAGCUGGAGGAGAAGCUGAAGACUCUAACAAAGGAAAACCUUGAAAUGAAGGAGAGGAUAAGUUCUCAUCCUCCGUUGAAAAAGCUGAAGUCCUUGAAUGACCUGGACCAGGCUCAUGAUGACCAGGAAAUAGCUUUCCUCAAACUUCAAGUCCUGGAGCAGCAAAGCAUAAUCGAUGAACUGACAAGAGAUCGGGAAAAACUACUCAGAAAGAAAAGGCAUAAAAGAAGUUCAAGGCCAAUAAAGAGACACAUUGUAGUCGACACCUUCUUUGGGUAUGAUGAAGAGUCCAUGGACUCUGAGACAUCCUCAGUGGCUUCAUUCCGCAUGGACAAAACCCCUGCCACUCCUGAUGAGGACCUGGAUGAGGGCCUCGCCAACGAGGAAUCAGAGUUACGUUUCCGUCAGCUGACCAGGGAAUACCAGGCGUUACAGCGAGCCUACGCCCUGCUGCAGGAACAGAAAGGAGGCAUACUGGAUGCUGAGAUGGAAGCCAAGGCUCAAGAGCAGCUACACGCUGAUGUUCUCAGGUAUAAAGCCAAAAUAGAGGACUUGGAGAAGGAGCUCACCUUGAAGGGGCAGGACUCCAAGUGGGUUGAGGAGAAGCAGCUCUUCCUACGAAGGAACCAGGAGUUGUUAGAAAAGGUGGAAAAGAUGGAUUCAGACUGCAGUCGGCUGCAGCAGGAACUGCAAGACUCCAAAGACCAAAAUGAACUUUUAGAGUUCAGGAUCCUGGAGCUGGAGGAGCGUGAGAGGAGGUCCCCCCCAUUCAACCAUUUGAGGAUGCAUCCUUUCUCUGAGGGAGUCAGCGCACUUCAGAUCUACUGCAUGAAGGAAGGGGUCAAGGAUGUGUGCAUACCAGAUCUCAUUAAACUACUUGAUAUCCUUGGAGACAAUGGGAACCUGAGAAACGAGGAGCAGGUGGCAAUUAUUCAGGCCAGCACUGUUUUGUCACUAGCAGAAAAGUGGAUUCAACAAAUUGAAGGGACAGAGGCAGCUCUGCACCAGAAGAUGAUGGACCUGGAGAUAGAGAUGGAGAUGUUCUGCAAACAGAAAGGAUACCUGGAAGAAGAGCUGGACUACAGAAAACAGGCCCUGGACCAGGCCUACAUGCAAAUUCAAGAGUUGGAAGCAACAUUAUACAACUCUCUGCAGCAGGACAAGGUGAUAAAGUACGGUGAGCCUCUGGAUGAGCUCCAGAGGGACGAGCUGCGGACGGCAGUGGAGAAGUUAAGGAGGCAGAUGCUGAGGAAGAGUCGAGAGUACGACUGCCAGAUCCUCCAGGAGAGGAUGGAGCUGCUGCACCAGGCUCACCAGCGAAUCCGCGAUCUUGAAGACAAGACAGAAAUCCAGAGGAGGCAGAUUAAAGACCUGGAGGAAAAGGUCGUGUGUCAGCUUGAAGAUCCUGUUUGUGACUGCAGUGUUUAUUUUAUUUUCUGGACAAGCUGGGAACGGAGUGUGUCGCAGUGCCUGCUAACUUCAUGACAUCAGUGACCGCUGACGGUGCAUAUGUUUUUUGUUGGCCUGUUCAGAAAUUAGAUGUCACUUCUUAUGUUUUCCUUUUUAAAUUGGUUUGUAUUCUUUAGAAACUGCCCAGGAUAUUUUUGGACAUCAAAUGUUUGUCCAAACAGCUGAGAAUACUGUCACAUGCUGAAGGAGCGGCACAUGAACACACACAUAUAUCGCGACAGUUUAUGAGCAAGCAUGCACAUAUGGAUGCAUGCAAAUGCAAACACACAUGCUUGGACAAAUCUGAACCAAAGGCUGGGAAAUGUUCUCUCUGCCAUGCAGGGUUAUAAUAUGCCAUCCACCAUCAUUCAGGCACAGUGGAAACAUAAACAAACAGGGAACUCAUAAACAUGGAGGAAAACAAACCACCAGACCACAGCCUCUCCUCUUUUUCUCUUCUUUCCAUUUCCGUCUGAAUCUGUCAGAAGGAUCUUCAUGAAUGCAGCCAAUCGGUGAGCAGAAUUAAGCCAACUCAGGGCCCAUGUGUGCAGAGGCCGCUGGAGCAGUGCUGGUCUCACAUAAUUAAAAAGAACAUUCGGGACACGGUGUAUCACUGCCUGGCCUGCCAUCGCUGUUAUACAGAAUGGUGCUUUCACAGACUGCUUGAGCUCGCCGGCAGACCGACACUGCAGACACUGGAGGGGGAUAUGGGACGCUCAGGUUGACAUAUCGCCACUGGAUGCAGAUAAUAGACUUCAUUGAAGAAAGAUUUAAAGAAAGAAAUGACGCUUUGAUCCGUUCUACUCGACCUGGAUCUCCAUGUGAAACAAAACUAAACUGUUGAACUGCUUCUUCACUUUUCUCAAAAGCCAGCAGACAGUAAAAGCUUCACUCUGCUUUUUUUUUUUUUUUAUACAACUCCCACCAUUCAGAUUCUUAAUAUUUCCACAGAAAGAAAAUUAAAAAAUCCCUGGUCAGUAAUGUAAUAUAAACAUUGUUAAUAUGUGUAUAUAUAUCUAAAUUAUUACCUGUAGUCUCCCUCUUUAUUUUUUGUGAAUAGUGGCACUUUUUUUUACUCUCUGAUGCAGCUUGAACAGUUGAAUUACUUGGCAGUUUUUUUAAAAAGGGAUAUAAAUUGCUUUGUUUCAUUGUGGUGAUUGCUGCAAGGAUGAGCUUUAUUUAUUAAAGAUUUACAACUAAAAGUAAUUGGAAAAUGAAUGUGGAAAAUGAAAUAUCUGCCUCCCCCUUUUCUUUUUCCUGCACCAGUCGUCCACAUUCAUUGUACUGCAUUUAUUAUUCUGUAUAAUAUGUGAUGCUCGGUUCCACCACCAGGGGGUGCUGGUUUCACCAAUUUGCCCUUUAGAUUUGUAAAUACUGUAUUUUCAGGCUGGUGUUUGCAUCAGUUCUGGUUCAAACUCCAGCUGAAUUGUUAUGUUGACCAUAAUUUACUGUCAGAAAAUCCAUAAGUUGAGUUUUAAAUCCACCCUGAUCUCAAAAAUACUGCAGCUUCUCUCUUGUGCACUUUUUUUUACAUGUUUGUUUUCUUUUAACUAAUCAAAACUUGUUUGAUACUAACAAUCUUCUUUCACUAAAUACUUCCAGACAUGUAGGGGUCCACUUCUUAAAAAAAAAAAAAACUGAAACAGUAGAAAGUGAAUGCAA